AAAAGCAACACGGAUUCUUAACAGCGAGGGGUUUUGGAUAACUCAGAAAAGAGGACUGUAAAACCAUGCAAUGAAUCUCGAAAUUUAGGCUAAUUUAUAAAUCCGGGACAUACUUGAAGGAAAACAACUUUUUCAUUUUGGACGUUUUGUUCGAAACGCGUAUGAGCACCAGUAAUGGACAAAUAUUUUAUAUUAUUGACAUGGGCGGGUUAUUACGCAGACUAUAAGGGGUGAUGUGGAGAAUGCAUGUCGAACUUUUUUAAAGUAUUGUUUAAAUUGUUGGACCAUUAAAAUGACAACAUUUUUGCAGCCGAGUUAAAACAACAUCCAGCUGCAUAAAAUAACAUCAUACAGCUUUCGGUUGCCUAAUGGAUUUCAGUUAGAUCAAAUGAAACUUUUACAUCUGAUUUGUUACGAGCGACUCAAUUAGUUUGCAACCUUCGGAUUUUGACAGCAUGGAUCUAUUGAGAUUUGCCAGACAUUGUAUGUACAUUGCAUGGCUUGGCUUCUUAUGGAGGAGUGCAGCAGAUCAGCCCAGCCUGACAGACCACCCGCAGUCUGCCAAUGGACUAUCUGAACUGUGUAGUAUCGAUGAGCUUCUUUGUCAUGAUGAAAACGCUCUGCUAAGUUUCGAGGCCAUCCGCAGCAUUCACAAAGACAUGGAUGAUGAUGCAGAUGGCAGCGUGGAUGUGACGGAGACGGAUGGGUUUCUAAGGGAAGACUUGAAGUACCACGACCCUAAAGGAAAACAGAACAGCUUCCAUAGAGCAGAUAUGCUGAUCACAGUAGAGGACAUGUGGAAUUCCUGGAAGGCCUCUGAAGUGUAUAGCUGGACAGUAGAUGAAGCUGAAGAGUGGCUCGUCAGUUGUGUGGAGUUACCUCAGUAUGUUGAUUCCUUCAGGAAGAAUGACAUCAGUGGAAAAGCUCUUCCCAGACUUGCAGUGAAAAAUGCCACCCUGCUUCUGUCCGUGCUGAAGAUACCAGACCGCAGUCAUGCACAGAAACUACAGCUGAAGGCUCUGGACACAGUGCUUUUUGGACCUCCAAUGAGCAAACACAGUCACUUGAAGGACUUGAUGCUGGUGGUGUCUAUCGUGAUCGGUGUGGUGGGCUGCUGGUUUGCCUACAUCCAGAACAGGAAUUCUAGGGACCAUGUUGGCAAGAUGAUGAAGGACCUCGAUGGGCUUCAGAGAGCUGAGCAGAGCCUGCUGGACCUGCAGCAGAAGGUCGGUGUGGGGCGGGAGAUGCGAAGUGAGAUUGAUGCAGCAAAGCAGGAGGCGCAAAGACUACGAGAACUGCGUGAGGGAACCGAGAAUGAGUUGAGCAGACAGAAAUAUGCAGAGCAGGAGCUGGAACAGGUGCGAAUGGCUCUGAAGAAGGCUGAGAGGGAGCUGGAGUUGAGGAGCGGCUGGUCUCCUCCUGGAGCUCUGCAGAAAUGGCUGCAGCUCACACAUGAGGUGGAAGUGCAGUACUACAACAUUAAGAAACAGCAAGCGGAAAGACAGCUCAUAGUGGCUAAAGAAGGGGCAGAAAAAAUCAAGAAGAAGAGAGGAACAAUCUUUGGGACGUUCCACGUGGCCCACAGCUCUUCACUGGACGAUGUUGAUCACAAAAUCCUCUCAGCCAAACAGGCUCUGGGAGAAGUGACCGCUGCUCUGAGAGAAAAGCUUCAUCGAUGGCAGCAAAUUGAGAUUCUGACGGGGUUUAAUAUUGUCAAUAACCCUGGCAUGUCGUCUCUGGCCUCUGCCCUCAACCUGGACCCUGCUUUCCUGGGCAUACGCCCCGCUGUACCCCAACACCUACUGCUAUCCGAUGACCUAGACGACAUGGACGAGGACAUACUUUCCCCAGGAACCCUACAAUAUGCCGCCUGGCAGAUGGAUCGGCAAGUGAGCGACCUUUGGCCCAUGGCUUCCGAGAGCCAAUCCCUGUGGAAACCAAUCCCUUCUGCUCCUAGCCUAAUGUCCCUGCGGCCACCACACGGGGACCCCAUGCUGAACCUGAGCUCACAGAGGGAUAUGAACCGGUCCGAAUCGGAUUCCUCCCUCUCGGUGUCUCAGUACGGAGACACCCAGCGCUGCAUCUCAACUCCACUUUACAGUAAGCUGUCCAGAUCCAACGGUGGUUCCUCCACCGACAGCCCACUGCUGCAGAAAAAGACCUUUGGCAUGGAGAAGUGUGCCAGUCUCGGAGAGAUCCACUCUCAGCCGUCUAGCCUCAACUCAGCUGACUCGAUGCGCUCUCUCAUCUACACCUCGGAGCAGGACGGCCUGUCAUCGCCAACAGGCAAGGGUGGAAACCGAAUCUCUCAGAUCACAGGCAAGAAGAUCCUGGUGGACGAGGACAGCGGCUCCACAGGAGACGACGCUGAAGGCUCCAGCACGGGCCGCAAGAAGACAGCCUUUACCAAGCUCUUCAAGAGGCCGAAGAAAUAACAGCAGUAUGGGGGAAUGCCAAACACAAAAGGAGUAAGACUAGCACAAUGGUAGGUUUUAGUAAGAACAUGUAAUUCAUGUGGUAUUUUUGAUUUGUAUUGUAAUUGUGUUGACCAACGGGAACAGAAAUAGUCAUUUGUUGGGAACAGGUAUAAUAUCACUGUACAUUUAUUUAUUAACUUA